CCAACAGAACUAUAUCUCAUCGCAUCUCCGGAUCCAUCAAUUUUGAUUUAAGAGAAAUAAUGAAUAAUGAUGGUCUAUCAAUGAAAAUCAGGCUAUUGGAGAAAUUUAAUAAAUGGCGUUUAAAGUAUCAACAAUGUCGUUUUGGAUUUAAUUUAGAAUACCGGGAAGUCAUUUUUGUAACGGUUGUUUUAAUAUCAGAAAAAGAGAAGCAAUGAAGUGCAUGCACAAUACAAUCCUAAGUACAACUAUCAUUUCCCCCAAAUUUCAAAACCCUAAUAAUUUGAGGCCCUCAAUUUCACCAAAUUACACACACUCCAUUUAUAGAACCCAUAAAAUUCUGAAGCUAAGAAGCCUUAGAAUCAAAGCUUUAGUGGAUAAUCACUCCGGAGAUUCGAGCAACUGGUUGAACCGGUUCCCGACCGGAGCUUUGGCAGCUGAGAAAAUAUUUAGAGUGAUUUCAGGUGCCACAGAAAGUCCGAUUGCGCAGUUUAUAUCUCCUCCAACCACUCUGUUACACCGUGUUGACCCCCGAAUUAAAUUGGUAUGGCUUUUGGUUUUAGUUGUAUUGCCUGCAAGGUCGCACUUAAUCAUGCGUGUUGGGCUGGUAGUUUACUUGGCUCUUUUGUCUAUCUGGAUUCUCCCCAGACAAGUUUGGAUGGAUCAAUUGGGAAGAGUGUCAUUGCUUUCCGGAAUUUUGUUUAUAAUGCUGGGUUUCGGUUCAGAUAGUGCACCUGCACUUAUACAGUCAAGAACUCCACCACCUGCAAUGAUGGGCUUGCCUAGCCUUCCUGCUUCUUUGGGAGGCUAUUCAUAUUUAAUUAUGAAGCUAGGACCCCUAAAGUUUACAAGGAAGGGCUUAUCGGUAGCAAGCACAGCUGCAUGCUUAACUUUUACGGUUUUCCAAAGUGCAAGCCUCUGUCUGGCAACCACAACUCCGGAACAAUUGGCAUUUUCUUUACGGUGGUUUAUGCUGCCUUUGAGAUAUAUUGGCGUACCAGUGCCUGAAAUUAUUCUUACCCUCUUGCUCUCUCUAAGGUUCAUCAAUCUAGUGUUUGAUGAGGUUCGUAAUGUUGCUUUAGGGAUUGUAUCUCGAAGGAUAAACUGGAAGCUAUUAACAAUGAUGGAGACAAUUGAUGUUUUUGCUUCCUAUAUACGUCGAAUCUUCAAGAACAUCUUUAACCAUGCAGAGCAGAUAUCUCAGGCGAUGAUUGUGCGGGGCUUUAGAGGGGACAGCAACUCUCAUAAGAUGUACUACAUAUGGAAGUCCUCAUUUGGGAUGGCAGAUUUUGUUUCCAUUCUGUGCCUCAUUAGUGUUGUAGCUGCUGCUUUCCUUUCUGAUUAUUUCCUCCUUUGAUUAUCUGAUUGUUAGAGACACAUUAUCCCUCCAGAUAAUGCAUUCUUAAUCUACUGUCAUUGUCACCACAAUUUUAUUUUAUA